GGUUGGGCAGCGCGGGCUCCGGGGCCUGAGGAGCCGGCGGCGCCAUGGAGGGCGGCGGGGGAUCGGGGCGCAGUGGCCGGGACAAGAAGAAGGGGAAGGGGCCAGAGGAGGCGGCGGCAGCGUCCGGGGACUCCAGCAAGUCAAAGAAAUUCACUUUGAAGCGGCUCAUGGCGGAUGAGCUGGAGCGAUUCACCAGCAUGCGGAUAAAAAAAGAGAAGGAAAAAUCCAAUGUGGCUCAUAGGAAUUCGUCUGCUUCCUAUAUGGAUGUUCCUAGUGCAGGCCAGAUGCUGCAGGAAAUCACAGAUCAGGAAGUGCUGGUCCUCUUUGAACAGAUGCUGGUCGAUAUGAAUCUGAAUGAGGAGAAGCAGCAGCCUCUGAGGGAGAAGGACAUAAUAAUCAAGAGAGAGAUGGUGUCCCAGUAUCUACAUACCUCCAAAGCUGGCAUGAGUCAGAAGGAGAGCUCCAAGUCAGCCAUGAUCUAUAUCCAGGAGCUGAAAUCAAAUCUCAGGGAUGCCCAAUUGCUUGGUUGUUUGGAGUCUCUGCGAGUGUCGCUCAACAACAACCCUGUCAGCUGGGUACAGAAUUUUGGGGCUGAGGGCCUCAACUGCCUGCUGGACAUAUUAAAAAGGCUCCAUGAUGAGAAGGACGAGGCACCCAGCUCCUAUGACACCCGGAGCAAACAUGAGAUCAUCCGAUGCCUGAAGGCUUUCAUGAACAACAAGUUUGGAAUCAAGACAAUGCUGGAAACGGAGGAGGGGAUCUUGCUGCUGGUGAGAGCUGUUGACCCCAAAGUCCCUUCCAUGAUGAUAGAUGCUGUGAAGCUGCUGUCUGCUCUCUGUAUCCUGCCUCAGCCCGAGGACAUGCAUGAGCGAGUUCUGGGGGCACUGACAGAGCGAGCAGAAGUGGAUGAAGUGGAGCGAUUCGGUCCCUUGUUGGAUGGUUUAAGGGGAGGAACCUCCGUGGCACUGAAGGUAGCCUGUAUGCAGCUGAUCAAUGCCCUUAUCAUCCCUGCUGAUGAGCUCGACUUCCGAGUUCAUAUUCGAAGUGAACUGAUGCGUUCUGGGUUGCAGCACAUCCUUAUGGAGCUGCGGAAACUGGAGAAUGAGGAACUGAAGGUGCAGCUGAGUGUAUUUGAAGAACAUGGUGAGGAGGAUUCUGAAGACCUCAGGAGCCGCCUUGAGGACAUUCGCAUUGAAAUGGAUGAUUUUAGUGAAGUCUUCCAGAUUCUCCUCAACACAGUAAAGGAUUCCAAAGCAGAGCCAUUCUUCCUGUCCAUCCUGCAGCACCUUCUGCUGAUCCGCAACGAUUAUGAAGCCAGGGCUCAGUACUAUAAGCUAAUUGAUGAAUGCAUUUCCCAGAUAGUUCUGCAUAAGAAUGGUGCUGAUCCAGACUUCAAAUGCAAGCACCUCAACAUUGAUAUUGAGGGGUUAAUAGAUAACUUGAUUGAUCAAACGAAGGUGGAGAAAAGUGAGGCCAAAGCAGUGGAGCUGGAGAAAAAGCUGGACUCAGAACUGACUGCACGGCAUGAGCUUCAGGUUGAAAUGAAGAAGAUAGAAAGUGACUUUGAACAGAAACUCCUGGAUUUAGAUGCAGAGAAGCAAUUCCUGGACAAGGAGAAAAAACAAAUUACCCUAGAGAAGCAGAGUCUGGAAGAUGAAGUCUCCAAGAAGAACAACCAGAUCACUAAGUUGUUGAAGGAGCUUGAAGAUACUAAGAUGGAAAUUGCUGCUAUCUCUUCUAAAGCUGCAUCUGUCUCACCGGGAGCGGCGGCGAUCCCGCCGCCACCUCCCCCGCCACUCCCUGGAGCGACGGCGAUCCCGCCGCCACCUCCCCCACCGCUCCCUGGAGCGACGGCGAUCCCGCCGCCGCCUCCCCCACCGCUCCCUGGAGCGACGGCGAUCCCGCCGCCGCCUCCCCCACCGCUCCCUGGAGCGGCAGCGAUCCCGCCGCCGCCUCCCCCGCCGCUUCCUGGCAUGGCUGGGAUGCCACCUCCUCCCCCGCCGCUUCCUGGCAUGGCUGGGAUCCCGCCUCCUCCCCCUCCGCUCCCUGGCAUGGCUGGGAUCCCGCCUCCUCCCCCUCCGCUCCCUGGCAUGGCUGGGAUCCCGCCCCCUCCCCCGCCACUCCCUGGUGGUCCUGGGAUCCUGCCCCCUCCCCCUCCGCUCCCUGGAGGUCCUGGGAUCCCACCGCCUCCUCCAGGAAUGGGUGGCCCUCCUCCUCUGCCCCCUGGGUUCGGGGGCUGGGGAGCCCCUGCAGCUCCAGCUCUUCCCUAUGGAUUGGCUCCAAAGAAACAAUAUAAGCCAGAGGUGCAGCUGCGGAGACCUAACUGGUCUAAGAUUGUGGCAGAGGAGCUCUCCCAGGACUGUUUCUGGACCAAGGUGAAAGAAGAUCGAUUUGAGAAUGAUGAACUCUUUGCCAAGCUAACGCUCACCUUCUCUGCCCAGACUAAGUCCUCCAAGGCAAAGCAAGACCAGGAAGGCGGACAGGAGAAGAGUACACAAAAGAAAAAGGUCAAAGAGCUGAAAGUGUUGGAUUCAAAAUGUGCACAGAAUCUCUCGAUUUUCCUGGGCUCCUUCCGUAUGCCUUACGAGGAGAUCAAGAAUGUAAUCCUGGAGGUGAAUGAGGCUGUGCUGACUGAGUCCAUGGUGCAGAACCUGAUUAAGCAGAUGCCAGAGCCAGAGCAGCUGAAAAUGCUGUCAGAGCUGAGAGACGAGUACAAUGAGCUGGCUGAGUCUGAGCAGUUUGGUGUUGUGAUUAGCUCGGUUUCCCGCCUGCGGCCCCGCCUCAACGCCAUCCUUUUCAAGCUGCAAUUUAAUGAGCAGGUGGAGAACAUCAAGCCUGAAAUUGUCUCCGUAACAGCAGCCUGUGAGGAAGUGCGUAAAAGUAAGAGCUUUUCCAGCCUGCUGGAGAUAACCCUACUGGUGGGCAACUUCAUGAAUGCAGGCUCCAGGAAUGCUGGUGCCUUUGGCUUCAACAUUAGCUUCCUCUGCAAGCUCCGAGACACAAAGUCCACUGAUCAGAAGUUAACAUUGCUGCACUUCCUGGCUGAGCGGUGUGAGCAGCAGUAUCCUGACAUAAUGAAGUUCCCUGAUGAGCUCAUCCACGUGGAGAAAGCCAGUCGAGUCUCCGCUGAGAAUUUACAGAAGAAUUUGGAUCAGAUGAAGAAACAGAUUUCAGACCUGCAGCAUGAUGUUGAGAAUUUCCCCGCUGCCACAGACGAGAAGGACAAAUUUGUGGAAAAAAUGACCAUCUUUGUGAAGGAUGCUCAGGAGCAGUAUGAAAAGCUGCGAAUGAUGCACUCAAACAUGGAGAACCUUUUUAAGGAGAUGGGCCAGUACUUCCUGUUUGACCCCAAGAAAAUAUCCGUUGAGGAGUUCUUCAUGGAUCUGCACAACUUCAGGAACAUGUUUCUGCAAGCUGCCAAGGAGAAUCAGAAGCGGCGUGAGACAGAGGAGAAGAUGCGCCGAGCUAAACUGGCCAAGGAGAAAGCUGAGAAGGAAAGACUGGAGAAGCAGCAGAAGAGAGAGCAGCUGAUAGACAUGAAUGCAGAGGGUGAUGAGACAGGGGUGAUGGACAGCUUGAUGGAGGCCCUGCAGUCAGGAGCAGCAUUCCGGAGGAAGAGAGCACCUCGCCAGGCAAAGAGAAAAGCCGGCUGUGCUGUCACCUCACUGCUAGCCUCGGAGCUGAUGAAAGACGAUGCACUGAGUGCAGUACCAAGCAAGGCAUUACAGAGCACUGAGGCAGCAACGGAUGGAGGGACCCAUGAUGAUAGCAUGGAGAUGAUCAGCCGUUCAAGCUAGACCUGGGCCCCAGACUAGGGCUGAAGCCUGCAGGACUGAAAGAGUUUUACAGAGGAAGCAAAAUACACUGGGUCACUUUGCAAUCUUUUUGCAUGGAUCUGAGGGGCAGUCUGAUUUCCUUCUUGCUCUUAGGGCUGCUUGUGCCAGCUUUGGCCUUACGGUUAUUGUUCCAGAUCUUGUCUCCAGGCUUCAGUCUUUCUGCCUCUCAAAUUACAAAGCAAAAAGCUUUACCUGAAUGUAAGCCAUGCUUGGAGCAAGGCGAGAGACACUGGGUCUAGCUCUCCCUUCCCUGCAGGGGGAUGGUAGAGUGUACUGGGAGAAAAGGGGCAUUGAUGGAGAGUUUAGAGACUACUGCCCCACCCAAACAUAUCCCUGCACUGGGUGUUGCCAAAGCAGGAACAUUACAAGCUGCCUUAACCCAAACUUCUUUAGUUUGUUACUUUGGGGGACGCUGCUGGGCCAGGCCAGCCAAGGCACCAGUUCCACGGGUGACUUUCCUCCAGCGGGUCUCAAGGUUCCCAGCCUUAUCACCUGUAUGUGGGAGGAAACCUUGUAGGUAAAUUUAGCUGGACUUCUACUUCUCCAACUGCUGUGCUGUGUUCUUGGACCGAGCACCCUAUCCUGCGCCCUGUUCUCACCGUGUGCUAGGAGAGAAAGGGGCUCCCUAGACACCUGAGGUGCCCUUGCCUCCCUCAGGACCUGCUGCUUUCCUGCUCUUCACAUGCCCGCCCUUUGCUUGCUCUAUUUAUUGCUAGCAUUCCCUUAGCAGAACCCUUCCUGCCACUGUGGAAAUGAUGUCAUAGCAGUGAUGACCCAACAGGAAGAGGUGAGUGUUUGCUUGGGGGCAAGAAGCUGCUUCUGAUGUAGUAGCUGCCUCUGCAUGCUUUGGAGCCUAGGAAUAAAGGUUGUUGGGUAUCACUAAGUGGCCUGAGGUUGAGACCUCCUCCCACCCAGUGUCACAUGCCUGAAUGAAAGCAUUCAUGGCAGCUCCCCAGCAGCAUCUGCUUAGAAUGAAUCCAGGCUGCACUUCUAUCUGCACAGGACUCUCUCCAUUGUACACGAUUUCCCAAUCUUUUGUGGCAAAUCGCUUGUGUGGCUGCAGCACGAGGGCUGGGGGCUGCAGCGUGGGCCCCAACUUCCUUGAGGCUGCUUGCUUCGGCUGUUGCGUUGUGCCAUGCAGAGGAACUCCCUUCCCUCCUUGCCAUGGCAACAGGCGGGUGGAGCCUCCCUUUGGCUAAGAAAUCACUUUGCAAAUGUAUCUAUUUUUGUAUCAGAUUUUGUUUUAAAAGGAAAUUUGAAUGUAAGAUAAAAAUAUCUGAAACAUUU